AUAUUGUAUUGUGUAUGUACUUGAUUAUUAUUGAUCAGUGAUCGAUCAGUGAGUAACUGUUCCUGUCACGUGACUGUAUUUCUCUGCUAACAACAUGGCCGCCGAGGAUCUGCCGUCUGAAUUUGACGUCGUCAUUCUGGGCACAGGUCUUGCUGAGUCGGUGGUAGCAGCAGCCUGUUCCAGAGUCGGACAGAGAGUUCUCCACGUCGACAGGAGGAGUUAUUACGCAGCGAACUGGGCGAGCUUCACCUUCAACGGCCUGCUCACCUGGAUACAACAGCACCAUGAGGAGUCUCAGCCUGAGGAGAUCCAGGAUUGGUCGAGCCUGUUAGAGGAAGGGGAGGAGCUGAUCUACCUGUCUAACUCUGACUCCGCCUCCAUCAGUAACCUGCAGGUGUUCUGUUUCACCAGUGAGGAAGACGAGGAGGAGGAAGCUCAGAGUCCUGAUCCUCCAAACACCACAGAAGAAGCAGCAGCAGCUGGUGAUGAAGACGCUGCUAAAGAAACAUCAGAGACACAAUCUGCAGAUCCAAAGGAGGAAGAAACAAAAGAGGAAGCAGAGGAGACACCUGAGGAGGAGGGACAGGCUGCUCACCCAGAGGGGGCGGGGCCAGAGGCAGACCAGUCACACCCCCCAGCUGCUCAGAGCCAAUCAGAGCCAACCAAGAAGAAGAUCAGCUACACUCAGCUGGUGAAGGAAGGACGCCGCUUCAACAUCGACCUCGUCUCCAAGCUGAUGUAUUCUCGAGGCUCAUUGGUCGAUCUGCUCAUCAAGUCAAACGUCAGCCGCUACGCAGAGUUCAAGAACGUCACCAGGAUACUCACCUAUCGCCACGGCAACGUGGAGCAGGUGCCCUGCAGUAGAGCUGACGUGUUUGCGAGUCGUCAGCUGUCCGUCGUAGAAAAGAGGAAGUUAAUGCGUUUCCUCACUUCCUGUGUGGAGGAGACGGAGGAGCAGCAAGCCUACAACGGUCAGCCAUAUUUGGAAUUCCUGCGUGACCAGCAGCUUGGUGACAACCUGCAGCACUUCCUGCUUCACUCCAUCGCCAUGGUGACAGAGGACGCGCCCACAGAGGUGGGACUCGCCUCCACGCGUCACUUCUUGCGCUGCUUGGGUCGCUACGGCAACACGCCCUUCCUGUUUCCUGUGUAUGGCCUCGGAGAGAUACCACAGUGUUUCUGUAGGAUGUGUGCUGUGUUCGGAGGAAUCUACUGUCUGAGACACUCAGUCCACUGUCUGCUGGUCCACAGGGACACCAACAGGUGUACGGCGGUGAUUGACAGCCGAGGACAGCGAAUCAGCUGCAGCCACUUUGUGGUGGAGGACGGCUACGUGGCGGCGGACAGGAAGAAGGUGGCCACGCCCCCCAGGCUCCUCAGCAGAGCAGUCCUGAUAACAGACCGCUCGGUUCUGCCCAGUGACUCAGACCAACAGGUUUCCGUGGUAACAGUUCCUCCAAUCACAGCGGGGUGUCCGGCGGUGAAGAUGGUGGAGCUCUGUCCGUCCACGAUGACCUGCAUGCCUGGAACCUAUCUGGUCCACCUCACCUGUCAGUCAGUCGGCUCCGCCUACGACGACCUGUCCCCGAUGGUUACCAGGAUGUUCCACACGCCAGAGUCACAUGACCAAGAGAUGCGUCCGUCUGUCCUCUGGUGUCUGUACUUCAACAUGGCUGACGGAUCUGGGGUGGAGGUCGAAGGUCACAACCUCCCGUCUAAUGUGUAUGUGUGCUCCGGACCGGAUGGAAGUCUGGGUCAUGAUCACACCAUCAAACAGGCAGAAUCGAUUUUCCAGAAGAUUCUUCCAGAGGAAGAUUUCUGUCCUCCUGCUCCGAACCCUGAGGACAUUAUCUACGAUGGGGAGAAUACCUCCUCCUCCACUGGGGAAGAGGCAGGGGAAGGGAAAGAGGAAGAGGAGGGAAAAGAGGAGGAGGGAAAAGAGGAGAAGGAGACGUUGGAGGACGAGCAGAGCCUUCAAACAGAGGAGUAACAUGUUCAAGUUCUUUAUCUAGAAACACACAAAACUUCCACAGAAGCCAAAACCUCCUACAGUGGAUUGUGGGUCAAAGUUGCCUUCGUUUGAAACCUCUAUUUUUUUUCUAUGAUUUGUUAUGUUUUCUGCUUCCUGUAUUAUUUAAAUACUGUAACAAACUCAUUAAAGCUUCAAAUGGAACAAA